UGAACGGUGGAGAAGUUUGCUGCAACCAAGAGUGGAUAAGGCCACAGACGUUAUACCCAUCCAAGGCUUCUGAAACGAAACUAAAACAAGCAACAAUGGCUGCAAUCUCAUCAUCAUGUUUCCUACAACCUUUGAAUCAACGAUAUUCCGGCGUCCAUUUGAUUAAACCCAACCAAAUCUCCAGGAAAAGAGUCGUCUCCUUCAAGAUUCAAGCUGCCAAGCUUCCUGCUGGGGUGGAAAUCCCAAAAGCAGAGCCUAAAUUUCAAGCCCCUUUUCUGGGUUUCACAAGAACUGCUGAGAUAUGGAACUCUAGAGCUUGCAUGAUUGGUCUAAUUGGCACUUUUAUCGUGGAACUGAUCUUGAACAAAGGCAUACUUGAGAUGAUUGGAGUGGAGAUUGGAAAAGGCUUGGAUAUUCCUCUUUGAGAUGCUGCGAUUUCCCUAACAUACAACACCGCCAUGUAUUUUCUUCUUCUAAGUGAUUCUCCAUCAUUCCUAUCCCAAUCCGAAGCAACUCAACGAGUUGUAAAAUCUUCAAAACGUAGGUAUUGAGUUGGAAUUGGGUUAUGGUUAUUUGAAUCCAACCAAACACGAUGAACCCGAUAUCCUUUUAUUUGUUGGAUUUAGUAUGAUUAUUGAGUCUUUAUUAAUAUUAAUAUGUAUAUUAUACAAUUACACCAUCAUGUAGCAUUUUCAUAUAUAUAUUUUUGAUCUCUUUCUCCA